AUGACACCUAAACAAUUACAAAUUUGCUUGCUGCUUCAGUUACACCUCACUAACAGCAGGGAGCAAAGCAAGGGAAGUAUCACAGGAAGUGAUUGCGAUCGUUGGCCUGUGAUACCGGUGCAUGUCACCAAAAUUACCACAAAAGAAGUGGCCGUUUUAUUUCUGCGAUCAAGCACAGAGAACUGUACAAAUCCUUGCUAUCUGCGUAUCAGGCGGGUAAUCACUCAGCCUGGUGCAUACAAUCCAUUUACAUGCAGGAGUAACAUCCAAAACAGACCAUGCUGUGCCGUCCUGCAAUUAGGCUGCUCACAGCCGUAUACGCCCCGUUGCCGAAUCACUGAUCACCAUCCAAAACAAAUCCAAAACACUCCGUGUACAUAA